GGUCCGCUCACAGUUUGUGUUCAAGAACUAGAUGGAUCAUUCAAGCAUACUGUGCAAAUUGAAGAUAGUUCAAGUCGUCACGAAUUGCAGUGUCACUCCAAGAGCAGACGGUUUGAGCAAUUUCAGAUUUUUAGUAAUUUCUUGCAUAAUAAUUUAUUUUAAUAUGUUUUUUUCUGGUAUACGUAACGUAAAUGGAGCCUUUUGAUUGGCUGACGAGAGGUCUGUAUCACACGACAGGAACCUCUCGCGUUUCGGGCCAAACAAACCGAGGAGUGAAGACAAUCUUCAAACUCGAAAAACUAAACCUAACGACAGAAAAGAUAAGAAAAUAAAUUAAAUUAACCCCGAUGGAGUUCGUGUCGAGUCUGGAAUCUACUUUACUCCGACCAAAAUGCGAAAGAAUCCCAAAUAUUUUUGUGACAUAUACAUCGAAUACACUGUGCUACAUGUUGUAUUUCAGCAUAUAUAAUAUGUUAACGAAUUUCUUAUCGUACAGAUUAAACGUGAUUGGCAGGCUAGGAAAUACAGUAAUAUUUUGAUUAGUUAUUUAAUAUAUGCAUGUGCUAUUAAACCUAGUCAGAUAAUUUCUUUUGGUAAAUAACAGAUUACAAUGUUUGUACAUUAGCAGCAGUGAUUGCUAAAUUAUUUACACUGAAUCUCUCGACUGACUUAUAUAUUUUUCAUGUUCGUUGCAUCUUAAACACAGGCAGUGAGGCAGCACCAUAGAUAUCUUAUAUACACUAGAUAGUGCAUCUAAUUAUUCUGCAAUUCAAAAAUUGAAGCCGUGAUUGCAGACUCAGGAUAUUCCCAUGAAAUGAGAAGACUCGUAUGUUUUCUAUUACAGGGAACUUAAACAUUAAGUUAAACCUAUUCCAAACACAUUUUCAAACUAUUCAAAUGAUGAAAGUUAUUGUUGUUUUAUAAGCGUUUAUUAGCGAGUGGGAAACUCCAACAUGGCCGCCAUCUAUUCAAAUGGGGGUAACCUCUGGAAUAUUCUUGGCUUCAAUUUUACUAAAAGAGAUGCGCUAUCUAGUGUAUAUAAGGUAGCUAUGGGCAGCACACCCAGCAUCUUCAAAUUGGGGAUAAUUUGCAAAUUUAAAUCUUUGUGUGUAUGUUUUAUCCUAUACCAAUACAAAGUGCAACAAUAUAGAGCACAACAAUUCGUCAAAUAAACACAAAUAAAAUUUUAUUAUGUAAUAUUUUUCAUUCAAUUUCGUGGUUUGAAUUUGCAGAUUUAUGCUUGGAAUUUUUGAACAAUAAAUUUUUUGCAGAAGCCAUACUCGGGCAUACAAUUACAAGCUAACAAAGUUGAUUCAGUUUGAAAUGAAACAAAAGCUAAGGAAAUACAGAGGGUGCAUAUGACAUCAGCAUGAUCCCCUUCCCACAGUGAAAAUCAGUGCAUGAUGCAAUUAUACUUUGGGCACUGUUUGGGAAAAGCCGGGCCACAAGUCAAUAGGGCUCCUGAAUGAGAAAGGAUGGCAAAUGAUCGAAGUUGAAGUCUUUGAGCGAUUGUUACACGGUGUAGGUUGUGGUUAUAGUCGUUCUUCCCCGAAAGGCUAUGGUUGCAUUUUUCACGGCUGCUCCUGCGUCUAAAAAUGUAUAUAAUUUUCAAUAUAGUGGAAAUGUUAAUAUAGACAUUUUAAUAUAAUCGGGCAUCCAAGCCAACAGAGCUUUAAUUCAUUAACAUUGUUACUGCAUGAUGCCUGAUGAUUAUAUUUUUAGGAACAAACGAAAGAAGAUUCCUCUGAUAACUGGAGAAGAAGUUGACAUAGACCUUGACACAAUGGAGUAGGUAUAUUUUACUGUGUAUAUUUCGCGGUGAUCUACUAUAAGAUAUACUAGCGUUUGUUUUCUUCAAUCUGAUAUUGUCUGGGUUUUCCCAGUAAUAUUGAUGGUAUAACUCAUGAGUGAUGAUUCAGAAUUACUAAAUGGUUGUGUUUUUUUAGCUCCGAUUCUCCUGUUCUCUGGAUUCGAAUUGAUCCAGAAGUAAAUCUUAUUCGUCAAGUGUUGUUUAAGCAGUCUGACUUUAUGUGGCAUUUUCAACUGAGGCAUGAGCGAGAUGUGAUUGCCCAAGCAGAGGUAAAGUUGCGUGACUGAUGUCUUACUACCUAUAAAUGUCCAAAUUUAACCUAGUAUUUUUCCAGUAUACAAUAAUAGUGGGGCUGUAUAAAUCAGUUCAUUGGGAAAACAUCAAAACAACAGAUUUCCUAAAUAUAGAUCAUAACGUUGUACCUGUUCAUUAUGAUCAGAAAGAGAUUGACAAUUUAUUUAAUGAAUAAAUAUGAAGGAAAACUAUCAGGGGAAGUUCCCUGUAUAUAUAUAUGUACAUUUGACUUUGUAGAAAUUACUAAAGAUGAAGUUCUAUAGCUGAAUUAAAUCUAAAAGCCAACAGGGGUUUUGAACCAGACAAUAUAUCUCCAAAAUUUCUCAAAGACACUAUAAUUGUGUAAUUGCUUCAACACUAACGAAUAUUUUUAAUCAUUCCUGACGAAUGGGCACUUGAAAGAUAGGAAACAAUUUUGUAAAAUUAAUUAAAGCCAGUAAUCAAUCAAGAGCAUUCGAUGUGGAAUACCUCAAGGAUCAAAUUCUUGGCCCACCCCUAUUUCUGAUUUAUAUUAAUGAUCUGCCAAACUGUUUUGAUGAAUCUGUUCCACGCAUUUUUGCUGAUGAUACGAAUAUAUCCGCAAAUGCUACUAAAUAUUACAUGGCCCUAUGAAAAUCAAUGUCAAAAGGUUACCGCGUGUAUAUACUAGAAGUACAUGCAUGAUUGCAUGCAACAACCCCUCGCCCUCAUUUCCCAAACAAGCUUCGUAAAACGUUAUUAAAUUUUCACUGAAAUUAACUACUUUUUGCCGAUAAAAGAAAUAAAUUUAAAUCAUACAGGUCGCUCUUGAAAAUAAUUUGAACUCUUUCUUUUUUUAGCUUUUAUAAAAAAUUUAAAAAGUUAAUUCAAAUAAACUUUUACAUACAAUGAAAAUGAAAGCUGUACAUGUUCAGGGAGUUCAGGCGAAAAAUGAACAGCAAAGUCAUGUCAUACAUAAACAGUAAAAACGAACUUAUACUUCAAGAUUUCUUAUACUUUAAUAUUGUUUCUUUAAAAUUUGAAAAUGGUGAUUUACAACUUGCAGGGUUUGUGCUACUCGCUAAAGUCCUUAUAUACUACUUAAUAAGUUUGGGGUUAAUAAGUCAAGGGCGCUUGAAAAUAUCUUGAAAUGUACAGUUUAAAAAAACUCCUUAAAUACUCCUUGAAGUUUUAAAAUGCUUUGUUAAAUUGUAAGUGAAACCAUAGUAUUAACUUUUGUUAGUUGUCAGUGAUAUUUCAUGGUGCAAAAACCGGCGAUAGAAACAAAUCGUUGAGCCAAAAUUCGUCAAUAUUACACCAAGUAUUUCGUUUUGGAAGCACACUGGUCAAUUAACCGUGGGCUCGAUCUGGGUUCGAUUUUCUCGCCAUCCCUAUGUUUUCAUUUUCCUUGAAAAGUGCUAUUUUACUACUUAAGAAAUCCUUAAGUGCUCCUUGAAUUUAACUUUUCAAGACCAGCACGAACCUUGACUUAUUGUGUGAAACGAUUUCCAAGCUUUCUGUUAUGUUUUUUGUUUUUUUUAUCUUUGCUUCCUUCACUCCUGGCAAACAGCUAUAUUUUUUGGAUCAGUGAGAUGACCAUCCAUGCAUAGCCAUGUUCCCGCUCUUAUAUUGAUGAACUUUAGACUUCGUUAAUGGAGUAAUGCUUUUUUUUCCCCGGGUGUAAUAGCUGAGCGGAAUUAUAGUACCACCGCCACGGGCUUCGCCCUACGCGCUCGGCGAUAAAAACAAUAGUGUUAUUUUCCUUUUCCAUUUUAGGCUAUAGAGAACCUGAUGAACUUCCCUACACGACAAACAAUGAUGGCGUUUAUAGAUAUAGCAAAACAAAAGGAAUGCUUUUACAAAGUUCGCCUAAAUGCCGUAGAAAGACUUGGCAAGGUAACAUUGUACAUUGUAUUACACAACCUGAUAGUGCAUGCUACCCAUUCCUUUCCUCUUUCUGCCAGGCGAGCCAUCUAAAAUUGGAUUUUUGGACUUCUUAAGGUUACAGGACACCCUUUUUGGCGUUUUGUGAAAAAUAGCUACUGCGCGCUCAAAAGCAGUCCGAUUUUCAUCAAAUUUUCACCAAAUGCAUGUUAGCCAGUGCAUGCAAAAUAUGAUAAAGUUGUAAAAGUGACAAACAAUAAAAUAAUGUAAAAAUUAUUCAGGAAAAUCUUAAGUGGCGGUACCUUUACGCUUUUGAGUUAUGUUCCUGCUGGUUUUAAGAUAUACUUAUGAAAAUAUCAUUUAUAUACAGUAAAAUAGUUGUUCUAAAAAACUGUGUUCGGAAAUGUUUGUUUAUUUCGUCAUUCCGCUGAUAUGGCGAUUUCUUUCACGACUGCAAUAUAUUUCUGAAUCGUUUGUGUGAAUUGCUCCUUAUUAUUAAAAUAUCCAAAAUUAGACCAAAGCCGAACACCAUUUUGAAACUGACGUCUUUAGCUAUGUUCUGUGAAAAUUUGAGAAAAAUUCGUUAAAACCCGCAGGAGCACAACUCGUUUAAAAAUCAGUAAUUACCGUAAAAUUCUUCGGAAGAAAAUUGAAUUUGAAUAUUACAUUUUCAAUGUUUUUCUUAUUGCAAGCGAAAUGUAUUUUAUUAAAUAACUCUGCGAGUUUUCAACAUUUUUCGUCCAAACUUGGUCAGAUAGUAGAACUAGUCUAAUGCUUUCAUGGAAACCAAUAAAAAAAAUUUAGGCAAAAUUAACACUCAAAGGUGUUCUGUAACCUUAAAUGACGUUGGCAGAUUAUGUUUUUACAUAAAAUAUAUUCAUGCUCUGCUUUAUAUUUUGAAAAUGAAACCAAAGAUGGCAGAAAUUGACGUCCAGUGCAAAUUCCUGACUAUUGCUUUUGUCAGCGCAGUUCACACAAGGCUUAGCUUUGUCGGAGGACAAUUAGCCGUAUACAUGGAGUAACAAAUCAUUUUACUGAGAAAAGGGUUAUUUCUACGCGAGAAUGAAUCUCGCUGGUCUUAUAUUUUCCAUCUAGUUUUAUUUUAAUCCAAGUUAUCGAGUGACGUCUGUCUGAACUGUCAUCUUCGUUUUUAUUGUGUGAUUGUAUUUUUAAGCUUCAAAAUGAAACUGGUGAACAAUGGAACAUUCAUUUGUCCCUGAUAGCUAUAUUUCAAGACAUAUUUGGAUCUCAAACGUGUUCAACAAUUGUGAGAUAUAACGAUUUCUCAAAUUUCAUUGACUACUUUGUACAGAAGGUAGGUUAGUGAGCGGUUUACCAUGCAAUCUGUUGAAAAAGACUUUUAUAGUAAUUGAGGAAGACGCUGUUAGUCUGUAUUUGUCAGACCAUUCAAUGAGAUCAACUACAUAUGAGUUCAUCUAAUGCUAUUGAAUUACGGAAGUGGUAUGGAUAGAAAUGACAAAGCCAAAGGAAAAAUGAACUGUGCACCGGUUCAAGAGCAACUGCUCUGUUUUCGACUUUUAAUAUAUUAACAACUGAAAAUAUAAUUUUUAGCGUUUUAUAUUUGUCAAAAAUAGUUUACAGAGAUUUAAAAUCUUGCGUUUUUGAAUCUUCAAGUAUAGUGUUGUAAACAACUUAAUUUAUAGCCAUAUAAUAAUUAAAUACUUAUUGACCGAGCUUGUUAGAUCCGGACAGUGGGUAUAUUAGCCUAGACUCGAUCGUUUUUCGUUUGUAUAUAUAUAUAUGGACCUCGCCUACAAACAAACAAAAAAAUAACUCGACUAAUAGCCUACAGUCCUGACAUCUUGCUUAGUUAAAAACAUAUUAUAUACUGAUCGUGUAUAACACUUUUUUGCAAGUUUAAAGUAGUCCAGUUUCACUUUAGUCCGUCAAAAAUACGCCGUUUAAUGGCGACAAGUAUUAAGUAUCGCUGUCAGCAUGUUAAAUAUUAUAAAAGCGUUUUUAUAUGCAUAUAAACAACUUUUAGUAAGGUAUAGUAAGGUAUUCCUGUUAAAUAGUAAGGUAUUCCUGUUAAAACUUACCAAGGUCACAUAUUUAUGGUCCUUUUACCGGGAAAAGAGUUAUUUUAAGUUUUUCUUGGCGAGCGGUUCAUCAUAGAUUAGCGGUCCAUAUAUGGGAUCAGUAAGCGGUUCUAUCUGCACACAGGCUGUAUUUUGCAGAUGGACCGCCUUGUCAUGUGAUAAACUGACCAAAGAAUGUUAUUAUUGAACUUUUUUGUGCACAUGAUUAGAAAUGUAAAAUAGGAAUUUAUAUGUGUACGGUUGAAAUGAAAUUAAUUAACAGGACUUUUCUUCUCUCUUGAAAUUAUUUCUGUGUCUGUUUCCUUCCUUGUGAAUACAUGCAUGGUACCAUUACUUGUGUUUGCCAGUAAUCUCAUCAUUAUCGGUCAUAGAAGAAAAGGACUAUCAAGUUAGAAUGCACCGAUAACACUAAACGUGGUUCAAGUCCGUCCCUGAAGGGUUGAAAAUAGCGAUGCAUGCGAAAAAAGGCGCGAAAAUAUGAGAGAAAAGUAGGGAGAGACGGACUUGGAUACCCUGCAAGCGCGCCAUAUUUUACCGUCGGAUUUUUUCUACGGAGGCGUGACUUGCCAGUUGAGAACAACAAUAAAUUUUCGCGUCAAUUUUUGCAAGUAACAUUCGAAAUGCUGCGAAUGUCCCAAGUCCGUCUCUCCCUACUUUUCUCCUGAGAUGGACUUGAACCAGGUCUACGAUAACACUAGAUUACUAUUUACUAUUUCAGGCAAUAGUUUCGUCAAUUGGCUUUUGUAGAGACAUACAGUCACAAUGCCCAAAAGCUGUGGUGCAGUUUCUUCUUGAUUUGCUGAAAUACAACGACAACAGACUAAAUCAG